CUCUCCAGGAGAAGUGGCAGCGUGCCGUCAGGGCUCUAAUUCACAGGUUCCUGAGGCACCCCAGCUUAUAUGCAGUGACCGUUAAGACUUUUGAGAGGAAAAUAAAGGCACAGCAGUUGUGUGCAGACACAAACGCUGCCAGAAACGCAGCCGGCAUGGGAAAUGUCAAUGUGAGCACCAUGUAUGCAGCCUCAGAGGUCCGUGCAGCAGUCUGGGCUCAGCUGCGUAGGCACGUGUUGCAGCGGAACACUUGUUGAAUACUUGGGAGGCAGGAGGUACGUCCCGGCUCUGCUCUAAACCUGAACUGGGGCACCAGAGCUUCCUCUCUGCGCUCUGAGUGAAACGGAUACCGUGUUCUAGGCUUACACCAGAAGGCAACUUUUUUCUUUCAAGCCUAACCCCAAGUAAUCUUCGAAGCCUUGUUGACUUCAUGGAUGGAAAGACUGACUCGGAAGUCAGCGCCGCUUUGCUUAACUUGGGGCUACUCAGAGGCGUCUGAUUCUGGCCAGCGGGAAGCAGAGGAGCGCAGGGUACCUCUGAAACUGCAGCUGUCGCAUCCCGCGUAACCAAGGCUCUCCUCUCAUCUGUCCUGCCUCUCCCCGUUGUUUGUGUCCAUGCCACAGAGCGAGCCCUUCUUCUGGCACGGCGGCCACGUGAAUUGAGUGCUGUGGGUCCGCAGGCUUUGCUGGCGCAGCAGUCGGCGAGGCAGAGAAGACGCGUGCUGGCACGGAGCGGACGUGCGUGUCCCUGACCUGCACCGCUGCAGCCUGGGCUGAAGAAGGCUGAGGCUGCCAGCGGUGGUGAGGAUAAUGGAGUGUGUCCUAUGGCAACGUGGCCUUCUGCCUAGCAGUGUGGUGAGCACAGCUGGAGGACCGUGGAGGGGCUGAGUCCCGGGCAAGAGCCGCUGCAGAGGAAGAACUGGAGGCAGUGCUGAGGCUGGGGGGGGUUGUCUCCCACUGGGAAACUCUGACGGGAGGAGGAAGAGAAGGCCAGGGUGAGGUGAGGUGAGGCUGGCAACAGGAGUGGAAAUGUUGGGUUGAAUCUCCAGCCCUGGUUCUCUUGGAUGCCUCGUGCUUCUCAGCACCAGCUCAGGGACAGGCAGGGAUUGUAGCUAAAGCGGUGCGUCUUGUCUACCCCGAGCAUCUGCUGCAUGGCAGGAUGGAGCGCCGAGUCCCGUUGUCUGCCCACCUCGUGCUGCCAAAGGCCUUUCAGCAGUGCUGCGAGACCAGCGGCCACCUCCGGUGGGGAUGGCAGAGCGCGGUUGUCACAAACCUUCGGUAGAAAUCCCGGAGGCGGCUGCUCAGCCUGGGCAGCGGCAGCCCGGCAGCACUGCACCGGCCGUGUGCUUGGAUGCUGCGGCUUGGGGGUGGUUUUGUCCUUGAUGGAACUUCUCAGAAGCUGCACCUCGGUUUAUCUUUGAAUCGGAGACAGGGACAAAAGCUGCGUGAUCUCGUUUCAGUGGGAUGCCGGGGGAUUAAUUGGUUCGUAGCAGAUCAGAGGCGCAAACUGAGAGGUGGUUGUUCACAGUGCAUUGGGGCCCAAAUAUCAUCCUGAACUACGUCUCUCCAUGCCUGCCAAAGUUGUUCUUCUACUACACAGGUGGAUGUGUUUUCAGCAAAGGCUUCCAUGUGGAAGAAUUUAAAAAAAUAAAAUAAAAAGUAACUCCAAGCUUGGAAUCGUGCUGCCAGGUAGAAUGUUUACAAGGAAGCAGCCUGAUAAACAAGGAAAUUCGGUGAGUUGCAAAGAGGUGAAAUUCUACAGUGCGGCAACAAUUCCCAGCUUGUGAGAGCCUCGCAGUGGUCCCAGCCACCUCAGGCUGACUACAGGAUCUUCAUUUUUACAGGCAGCCUCAGGAAGCUAGGUUGGACCAAAAAAGUAACGGAAUAAUGUGAAACUUGUCUGAGUCACUGACCCUGCAUCUCCACUAGUUUGUUCAGGGCACUGCUCGUGGAGGAGGACAGAGAAGGCUGCAGCUGAGAGAGGAGAUCUGCCCUUUCUGGUCACCACGAAUUUCAGAUCUCCUCCCCUAGCCUCUCCCAGUCUUUUGUACUUUCCGUGCUAAUCCAUCCAGUGCAGCUUAAACUGACAGAGGCAGCAGCUAGAAACCCUGCUCUGAAAGCUGCUGUGAAUGCCUCAGGACCAGCAGCACCAUGCACAUGAAAACUCUGCUCAUCCUCCUCGUUCUGGCUUUAGCCACGAUAUUUGCUUUAGUCUGUGUGUUGCUGACCAGAGCAAGGACCCCCAGCACCUGCCAGCACCAGCCCCUGGAGCAGGAGGACACCGAUGACGGCCAGAGCCUGGUCUUUGCCGAUCUGACGCCCGAAGAGAUGGCGCAAGUGGUGCGGUACCUGCGGGGAAACCUCGGGGUGCAGCUGGUUGACGCCUCGCGUGCAAAACCUUCCGACAACUGCAUCGCCUCCGUCGACGUGCAGGUCCCCGCCAAGGCAGAGGUGCUGCGGUUCCUGGAUGGCGGGGGGGCUCGCCCCCCCCGGGAGGCGCUGGCUGUGCUGUACUUUGGGAACCAGCCAGACCCCAACGUCACCGAGUACGUGGUGGGUCCGCUGCCAACGCCGGUGUAUCACCGGGACGUCACGGUGCAGAAGUACGGGGGGAAGGUGCCGUACCACCGCAGACCAACACUGGCUGUUGAAUACAAACAGAUUUCAGGGUUUUUAAAAAGCCAAGUGUUCCCCGCAGCUCCAUCUUUCAUGCGUCAAAUAAUGGAGUAUGAUGGAGCCAGUCUGGCAGCCAUGACAGCCGCUCCCCGCGGAUUCCAGUCUGGAGAUCGGAUCACUUGGUUCGUUUUGUUUCAGAACGUGAGCGGGUUCUUUGUGCACCCGGUGGGGCUGGAGGUGCUGGUGGACCACAGCAGCCUGGACAUCUCCCGGUGGGCGGUGAGCAGGGUCUUCUACAACGGGCAGUACUACAGGGACAUGGUUCAGUUGGAGAGCGCCUACGUGCAGGGUCGCAUCAGCGUGGAGAAGGCGUGGAGCUUUGCCUUUGGGAUGAGCGUGAGCCGGGGCCUGCGCCUGUUUGACAUCCGACACAAGGGGGAGAGGGUUGCCUACGAAAUCAGCAUCCAAGAAGCGUUGUCGGUGUAUGGCUCCAACUGCCCUGGAGGGAUGUCAACGCGGUACAUGGAUGGGAGCUUUGGCAUCGGGCGCUACACCUCCCCCUUGGUGCGAGGGGUGGACUGCCCGUACUCGGCCACCUAUGUCGACACACACUCUCUGUCUGAGACGCUGAGCCCCAGCAAGAAAAAGGCUUCCCUCUGCAUCUUUGAGCAGAACCUGGGCUCCCCGCUCAGGCGCCACUACUCCAACUUGCAGUCGCUCUACUACGGGGGGCUGGUCAACUCCGCUCUGGUCGUUCGGUCCAUUGCGACCGUGGGCAACUAUGACUACAUCUGGGACUUCAUCUUCUACCAGAACGGGGCCAUCGAAGGCAAGGUCCAGGCGACGGGGUACACGAGCUCGUCCUUUCUCCACGGGGAUGGUCUGAGAUAUGGCAAUAGGGUUUGGGAGCACACGCUGGGCACCAUACACACCCAUUCCAUCAACUAUAAAGUGGACUUGGACGUGGGAGGCCUCACGUCUGGCGCGGUGCGUGUUGCCAUAGGCAUGGCCAGGCAGACGGGGAGACACAGCCCUGUCUGCGGGGCUGACGGCGUGAGCCUGCUCUUGCGUCGGGACCGGCAUCGGGCGCAGCUCCCCGUGACUUGGGAAAGUCCUUUUGGUAUUUCAGCUGCCUGACGUACAGCCUCUGCAGCUCUAUCCCCGCUCCUCUUUUGAGGAAACGCUUGUAAGUUGGAUCUCGAGUCUCGGGCUGCAAAGCCGCUGCUGCGAGCCAGUGAAUUCCCUUGCUCCUGCACAGAGUCACGGUUUUUGGCGGCGGAUCCCUGCGGAGGGUUAUUUGAGUCCAGGAGCAGCUCCUGCUGCACCGUCUGGCGGGCUGAGCAGCGAAGUGCUGGCAGCCACCCUGGGAGGCACAAGGAUGCUCAGCCUGAAAGGACAGCUUUG